GUCUGGAAAUUAAUCUCCCCAUCUCCCUAUAUAAGGACUCUAGCUCCUUCAAGAUCCUAUCGUCCGCCAAAUAUCUCUCAUUAUAUUCUACUCUCUUUCACUUCUCAAUCUCUCAUCUCCCUUCUUCUCAUUCGCACAACACAAUCACAGUUUGCUCCCUCCUCCCCCUUCUUCUUCCUCGUUUCUCUCUCUAGCCACUGCGACAUCAACCAGAAGAGAGAGAAAAUGGUAGCAGAAGCAGACGAUAAACGAACUCUCAUAUUCACUUACGGAACCUUGAAGCGCGGCUUCUCUAACCAUGUUCUCCUUCAAGAUCUCAUCCGCUCCGGCGACGCCGCCUUCGUUGGCGUCUUCCGCACGGCUAACAAAUACCCGCUUGUCUGUGGGCCCUACCGAGUCCCCUUCCUUCUGAACUUCGUCGGAUCGGGUCAUCAUGUCCGAGGCGAGCUUUACGCCGUGACGGCGCGUGGACUUGCCAAAAUGGACGAGCUCGAAGGCACCACGCGCGGCCACUACGAGCGCUUGCCGAUUGUGGUGUUGCGUGAUCCGGCCGAGAACGACGGCGAUGGUGAGGUGGAAUUCCGAUCGAUCGAGAACGAUAAUAUCGGUGACGGAGACGGAUCAUCGGGGCUGACGUGCGCGGUGGAGGCGUACUUCGCACACAAAAGCUACGCGGUGGAGCUGUGGAAGAAGAAUGAAAAGAGAGGGUUUGAAUGUUACACCGAGAAAGAGGCGAAAGGUUAUGUGAAGCGCAAAGAUAGGCCUCAGAAUCUGACGUUUCUGGAUCACAUUCGCUUGUUUGUUACUUCUGACUGAAUCACUGCAUCUAUUUUUUGCCCUUUUCGUUUCUUAUUUUCUCGCGCGAGAAAAUUUCCCAACAUGUGGAUGGAAAAUUACCUGCGAUGGCUUUCUUGUAAUUUCGCGGGGGGUGGAUCUGGUGGGUCCCAGAAUCACGAGGCGUUUGUGAUUUCCAUUUACUUAUCACACGCUUUGCUUGUUGCCGCAACUGUGUCUGGGCGAAUAUUUGGAAAUUUUGUUUGUGUUAUCAGCGAUAUUAUCAUCAUCAUUAUUAUGAGCAAUAAUCGGAAGUAAAAGUGCA